CAAACUACCCGUUUUAUCGUCCUCUCGUUUAGCUUUUGAAAUGCGUCUGGCAAUUAUUCCCCCCCCCUUGUUUUCAACGCGAGCAAAACCACAAAGCCGCUUAAAAUCUCGAGGGGCUAAUGUUAGCUCAGCCAGUUACGUCAACAGUCUACAUUGAACUCCCAAACCAAUGCAUUGUUUUUCCAGCGAUAACGACGCAUUAACCAGUUUCGCAACGUACUAAGCCAGAAAUGAACCCCACGUAACGUUCAAGUUCCUCUGGUGUUGCCAAAUAGGCCACGGAAGCUUCACAGCUAAGCCGAACUCGUUUUGCGUUACAAGACAAAUGCUUGAGAAUGAUGGCUCAAGCUGUCAUGGACGGUCCGGUUACACUUGUCAUCAGGGCGCCCAACCAAAAGUAUGAUGACCAGACUAUUAAUUGCUACCAGAACUGGACUGUGGAGAAACUUAAAGCCCAUCUGUCUGACGUGUACCCAAGUAAACCUAGCUCCAAAGACCAGAGACUGGUGUAUUCUGGCAAGCUGCUUUUGGAUCACUUUACUUUGAAAGAUGUGCUCAGAAAGCAAGACGAGUACCACAUGCUCCAUCUGGUUUGCCCCUCACCAACUCCUCCCAGCUCCCCAAGCUCCACCCGCAAGCCUCGGGAGACCACAGCAGAACCCACAGUCACUCAAACUGCUAGUCCUCCCUUCCCUGCUCAACACAGCCAAUCAGACGAGAUCAGUGAUGGACUCAGACAACGGGGUGUAGCUUACGACCAGUUGCAUCAACAAUUUAUGCAUAGCUGGAGUAAUUUCUCUGCAAUGUCGACCCCUCCCACAAAUGUGACCCCCUAUUACAACCCUAUGACGCUCAUGUGGUGGCAGCAGUUAUAUGCUCGACAAUACUACAUGCACUAUAAUUUGCUAGCAGCAUCCUCCCAAAACCUCAGGCACGAACUGCCAAGGACUCACCCCCUCCCCCAGGCAGAUCCCCUGCACCAGCGUCCACGCGUAGAUCGCCAUGGCAACCCUGAAGUGGAGAUGAACGCCCAAGGAGGGGAGAUCCUAAACGAGGAGGAGCUCAACCGGGAUUGGCUGGACUGGGUGUACACGUUUUCCCGGGCCGCUGUCUUACUUAGCAUCGUGUACUUUUACUCGUCCUUCAGCCGGUUUCUCAUGGUGAUGACGGCCAUGCUGGUGCUUUAUCUUCACCAGGCCGGCUGGUUCCCCUUCAACCUAGAAAAUGAAUUGCAGCUUCCUGGAGAGAAUCAAGAGGAGAUAGAGGUGGAACUACAGAAUAAUGACCUCCAUGGAAUGGAACAACUGGCGGAUGACAGCUCCGAUGAUGAUGAAGAAGGGGAAACCGGAGAGGAAGGAGCAGAGGAUCCUAACCGAGUCAUCCCCCAAACUGGCAUCCUGUCGUCCAUGUGGUCAUUUAUCAUCACCUUUUUCAUGUCGCUCAUUCCUGAGGGACCGCAGAAUGCUGCCAACUGAGCCAAACUUCUUGAGCUGUUUCAAAGUUUUUGUCUCACCGCAAAUGACUUCAGGACAAAGUGGCAGUGUUCUCUGCUCAUUUUUGUUCAGCGUUGUUAACUGAAGAAUGGACAUUGAAUUGCUAUAAUCAAAGUUUGAUGGUAGUGCCAUGUUAACUUAGUCAGACAACACGAUGUCUCAGUCAACAGUGUAUGAAAAAGCAUCAGCUGACACAAAGAUAAACACUAACAUAACUUGACAAGUUCAAUAGAUGCUACCGCUUCUUUGGGGGAUAUGAUGACUUAUUCAAAUAGUGCGUUCAGUAGAGUGAUGGAAAUGUGAUGUUCUGUCAGGCUGUUUAAAGUAAUUGAUGGAAUAUAAAAGGGCUGUUGUAAAACUGCCUGUUGGCACAGUGCUCAGUUCAGAUAAUACAGCAGCUGCUGUUACAUUUAAAAUGUACUAUAUAAGGUAUUGAUUGGUUUUUGGAUGUGCUGUGUUGUUUUUUGGGGGUUCCAGAUUUUCAACCGUGAGCAACACGAUCACAAAUAAUGACCUUAAUCAUGUUGAUUGUUUGCUCCUUCCUGAGGAAACCUUGGAAGUAAAAAUUCCAAUUCACACAAAAUGUGUUUGAGACUGAAUGCGUGAUUCAUUAAAGCCAAUGUUAUUUCCAGGAAAAGUUUAUUUGCCAAAAAUAAAACACUGCCAAAGGACUGG